AUGACCUUAAAUCUUGUUCAACCGAAAAAUAUACUUGUAAUAUUGAAACGGAAGCGACCCGACAAUAUAGAAAAUAACAAGCAAGUGUAUAACAUCCGAUACCUCACUAACAAGACGAUUAAAGAGGAUAUAACUGAGAUGCAACAACUCUUGAAACUCUUGAACGAUAACAAUUAUGUGUCCCGGUAUAAAAUAUGCAAUAAUGGAGUUACGCUUAGAGAUAUUAUUUGGACUCAUCCUGAUUCAAUAAAGUUGUUCAACACGUUUAUGAAGGCACUCAUACUUGAUACAACCUACAAGAUCAAUAAGUAUAGACUUCCAUUAUUUGAGAUAAUUGGUGUUACCUCAACUAACAAGACAUAUUCUGUUGGUUUUGCAUUACUUGAGUGUGAAAAAGAUGAUAAUUUUACUUGA